AUGUCCACAAAAGAGGAAAAGAACUGUUUUCUCCCUACUGUUCACGUGAAUGAUGGAUGGAUUUCUGGUGAACAAGGAUCUACGAUUGUGAAAAAAGAGUGCAGAAACAUCGAUGAAUGCGAGUAUGGCUUAGAUGACUGUGGAGGAAGCUCAAGAUGUGUGGACACUGAUGGAAGCUACGAAUGCGACUGCAACUAUGAUAACGAGUGGAAAUAUUUACGCCCAAAUUCGUACAAUGAGACAACACGAACUUGUCAGAAAUACGAUGACUGCGCGAGUUCGCCAUGCGAUCAAGUUUGCACAAAUACUGAUUCCGACAUUUGGCCUUUUUACGAGUGUUCGUGUUUGCCUGGCUACCUUAUGGAGAAAACAUCAGAAAAUUACGAUUUUCAUUGGUGCAGGAUUGAUGAAACACUGCCGAAGAUUUGCGAUAGUGAUGGACGAGAGUGUCAAUACAAAUGCGUCGAUGAUAAUCUAAAUGGAUCCAAAUGUCUGUGUCCCCAUGGAUACACCGAAGUCAACGGAACUUGUGAAGAUAUUAACGAAUGCGAUUAUGAAUUCCUUGACCGCGAUCCCGGAGAAAUAUGUGUCAAUCUUCAUGGUUCAUAUCAACUUUUCAUAAUGUUUGAUGAAGAAAACAGCUUAUGCCUUCCUGAUUAUAGACUAUCUAAUUAUAGGCAAUUUGAUUCUUCCGAUUUUUCGUGUGAUUUGCUGACUGACGAGUGCCCAACUGAUCUUCCAGAUUGCCCAGAUCGCGCUUCAUAUUUCACUAAAGAACUUCUGAAUUUCACGUCGCCGCAUGAGCAAUUUGUGGGUGAAAUUGCUCCUCUAGCGAGUGAGGGUGAUUCUCUUGAACACAGCUUCGACAUUUAUAAGAACAAGGACGCACCAGCUGAAUAUUUGGAAAACAUCGACAAUUUCUUUAUCCAUCGCCGGAACGACACUUUUGCCGAGCUUUAUUUCAAUGGGACAAUUCCUGAAUCAGACAGCAAUAUGUGGAGAUACGGUGCAACCGUCAUUUACACUGCUAAGGGUCAGAACGACUCAGAUGUUAUUCGAAAAGAAGCAUUCUUAUAUUUUAUUUUUACGUCAAAAUAUGAUUUCUGA